AUGCGAUUUACCGCCGACGUCUCUACCGCUAUUGACGAAGAAUUCUACGACUCGAUCAAGGAACUCGGUAUGGGACAUGAAGAUGCCUCAGCAGGUGCACCUGUGUGGCUUCAAGAACUCCUCCAACAGCAGGCUUCACGCGAAGAAGCCUUUCAAACUGAGCUUCGAGACCUAAGAGCUCAGCUGGCUGCUGCUACCAGCACUACUCAACCAUCUAACAGAGCUUCCCUCCACCCUGAGGUUUCCCUUCCAACCUUCCUUCCAAUCUUCGACCAGAAGAUUGGAAGGAAGGUUGGAAGAUCCUGGAAGCCAAGGGACAGUUUUGGGAUGACAGAAUCAAGAUCAAGCAUGCUCCAGAACGCUCUCAAGCUGGAGCUCCUAAGGGAGACGGUUUCACAGGCUGACACGGAUAACCACGUGGAAUGCUGCACCAGCCUCCGUAUGAUUGAGAGUAGGCUUCUCCAGGUGAAGGCCAUUCAGAGCUGUGGUCAGAGGGUCAUCCCAACUACUCCCCGUACCACUACCACUGCUGUGUCUGCUGAUGCCGUGGACUGGCAGCCCAGCGCGGCAUAUCUUGCAUUCCAUGGGACAGUCACCACUGCCGCGAAGCCAUUCAGAGUCUCUGGGAUCUCCGGUGCUGACGCUGCGGAAAGGCGUGCUCAGGCACAUUUGUCCCUGUCAAGCGCCAUGUUCGCGCUAAGCCAGCCUCAAAAGGAGAAGAAGGAAUUGAAGAAGGACUGCAGAACUUUUGAGGAAAAGAGACUGAUGACCGAUGAAGCUCUCAUGCGAACAUACCGAAAUGAACCUCUGCUGCAAACAUCGCAGCACCUGCAGGCUGGGAGGCAGCAGAGUGACUCCAGCCGACCCCCGCGCGCACGGAGGCCCAAGUGGCAUACCGCCAUACCGCCACCCGGCCUGGCAGCCAGUGACGGGCCCAGGCUGACAUUUGGGAAUCCGAUGGCGGGCGGCGAGAAAACCUAA